CUUCUCCCCCGCCCCUUGCCCUGAGUCUGGGCUCUGGUGGAGAAGGUGGCGGUUGCGAAUCCCGGCCUCUGAUCCGGGUUGCAGUUUCCAGGCAGGACGCAUCUGAGAAGCCACGAGAGCCGAAGCUGCCAUGACUUCAGCAGUGCUGGUGGAUAUCCAAGAGGAAGUGACCUGCCCCAUCUGCCUGCAGCUCCUGACAGAACCCCUGAGCAUAGACUGUGGCCACAGCUUCUGCCAAGCCUGCAUCACAGAGGACAGGGAGGAAUCCAUGACCAACCAAAAAGAGCAGAGCAGCUGUCCCGUGUGCCAGACCAACUACCAGCCUGAGAACUUGCGGCCCAAUCGACAUUUAGCCAACAUAGUGGAGAGGGUCAGAGAGGUGGUGUUGGGCCCAAGGAAGGAGUCGAAGGUGAUUCUUUGUGCUCACCACGGAGAGAAACUCCAGCUCUUCUGUAAGGAGGAUGGCAAGCUUAUUUGCUGGCUCUGUGAGCGCUCUCAGGAGCACCGCACUCACCACACAUUCCUCAUGGAGGAGGUUGCCCAGGAGUACCAGGAGAUGUUCCAGGAGACUCUGAAGAAAUUAAAAAAAGAGCAAGAAGAAGCGGAGAAGCUGAAAACUGUUAUCAAAGAGAAGAAAGCGUCCUGGAAGAAUCACAUAGAGCCUGAGAGGCACCGGAUCCAGACAGAGUUUAACCAGCUGCGAAGAAUCCUGGACAGGGAAGAGCAGCGCGAACUUAAAAAGCUGGAGGAGGAAGAGAGGAGAGGACUGACCACGAUAGCAGAGGCUGAGGACCAACUAGUCCAGCAGAGCCAGCAUCUGCGAGAGCUCAUCUGGGAGGUGGAGCGUCGCUGUCAGGGGUCCACACUGGAGCUACUGCAGGAUGUGGGUGAUGUCAUGAAAAGGAGUGAGUUCUGGACCCUAAGGAAGCCUCAAGCUCUCCCCACCAAGCUGAAAAGUGUGUUUCGAGUCCCAGAUCUGAAAAAGAUGCUGCGAGUCUUCAGAGAGCUGACAGAUGUCCAGAGCUACUGGGUGGACGUGACUCUGGAUCCGCACACCGCUAAUUUAAAUCUCGUCCUGUCUAAAAAUAGGAGACAGGUGAGAUUUGUGGGCACGACGCCAUCAGGGCCUUCCAGUCUGGAAGAACAUUAUGACUGUAGUGUCCUCGGCUCCCAGUACUUCUCCUCAGGGAAGUAUUACUGGGAGGUGGACGUGAGCAAGAAGGCUGCCUGGAUGCUGGGGGUGUGCAGUCACUCCAUGGCAUCUGCAUGCUCCUCCCAUCACGCUGCCACCCAGCCCAACGCCUACUCCAGAUACCAACCUCAGAACGGAUUCUGGGUGAUUGGGUUACAGCAUAAACGUGAAUACAGAGCCUACGAAGACUCAUCUCCAUCCCUGCUCCUCUCCAUGACAGUGCCCCCCCGCCGUAUUGGGGUUUUCUUAGACUAUGAGGCUGGCACUGUCUCGUUUUAUAAUGUCACAAACCAUGGCUUUCCCAUCUACACCUUCUCAAAAUACUACUUUCCCACCAGCAUUUGUCCCUAUUUUAAUCCCUGUAACUGUGUAGUCCCCCUGACGCUGCGGCGCCCGGACUCUUAAACCUUGCGCUCUCCGCAUGCACCCCGGAGUGGUACCCUUCACCGUGAGGUUUACCUGCAAGGGAGUUAUGAAAAGAUCCUGCUUCCGUAUUGGUUUUACUCAGUCCAUGUGUGCAACACACAGUGGUGAUCAUGAACAGCUGGAUUAAUUUCACAUCUUGAAGUGGGCGAGGAGAAUUUUCAGCACUUUACCGGUAGCAUGUGCACACGUUUGGUUGGUGUAGUAGAAUCAAGUUUAGGAAAUUCUCUUCUGUUCAU